AUGUCGAAAAAGGUAUUUAUUACAGGAGCAAGUAGCUUCGUAGGUCAAAGCGUGACUGAUAAUUUGUUGAAAACAGGGUAUAAGGUUAAAAUAAUUUUAAGAAAACCUGCUCAAGUUGGUUUGUUUAAGAGUCACUACAGUGAUAUCGGUCUAAUCAACAAUUUGGAAAUUGUUAAAUCAGCUGAAAGCUUUGAAGAUCCUUCAACAUUCACUCCACAUUUGCACGAUGUUGACUAUGUUAUGCAUCUUGCUACACCUACACCACGAAACUCAGAAUCAUAUCUUGCAGAUAUGAUCAAACCUGCGGUCAAUAUAACUACUAGUAUUUUAAAGGCAUCGAAGGAGCAUAAAAAUAUUAAAAGAGUUGUAUCCACGUCGUCUUACGCAACUCUUUUUGAUCGCCCAAGAAGUGAUAAGCCACUCAAUGAACUGUCCUGGUCAAAAGCUGAAUUGACUGAUCAAUUUAAAUUCAGAAAGUCUGACCCAUAUUCGCCUUAUGUAGUAUCGAAAACACUCGCAGAGAAAGCACUUUGGAGAUACGUGGAAAGUGAAAGCCCCUCAUUCGAUUUCAUCACACUUCUACCGACGUACAUAUUUGGGCCCACUGUGCUUCAACGAAAAGGUGAUCCCUUGUCAGGGUCCAACCAAUUCAUAUGGAGUUUGUUGAAAUACGGGCAGAAAUCUUCUAUGCAUGCUCAAGCAGUGCAUGUGUUAGACGUUGCCGAAGCACACGCAAAAGCUCUCGAUCCAAACAUAAAGGGAAAUCAAAGAUUUCUUUUGGAUAGUGGACGUAAGUUCGAAUAUAAUGAAGCUAUUGAUGUCGCAAAGACGGAUUUUCCUGACAAAGAAUGGAAGUUUGGGAACUUCAAGUCGAUACAUAGUAUCAAGUUGGACAAUUCCAAAGCCAAAAAUAUUCUUGGAAUGUCUUUCCGGCCAUAUAAAGAAAUGGUAUACGACUUAAUCAAGCAGCAGGUUGAUCUUUCACAUUAA